AUGCGUCCCCAACUGUCGUUGUUAUCGUUGGCGCUAUUCGCCCACCUUUCUCUCGCUUCAGCCGAAGGAUAUGAUCCCGCGCCGCUCGUUCACGAACACGCGGGAGAGCUAUUUACUGGCCAGGUCGGCCAAUAUGGAUUAAAAUGCACUAACGGCGGCGUCGCGGGCGCUGCGAAUGCGACGGGGACGUUCGAGGAUGUUGGCGGGGGGUUAAAAAAAAAAGUCAAUACUUACCUCUCUUACCCGCCGGGGAAACCAUCACAGCAGAACAGCAGCGCUGAGGUGGCCAUCCUGUACCUCACGGACAUCUUCGGCGUGGAACUGAUCAACAACCGUUUGUUGGCGGAUCGCCUCGCGGCCGCGGGCUACCUCGUGGUGGAGCCGGACCUGUUCGGCGGCGAUCCGGUGCCGGUCGAUCAGAUGGGCACGCCGGGCUUUAACAUGACCGAGUGGCGUGCGCGCCACCCGCCCGAGGCGAUCGAUGCUGUUGUGACGUCGACUAUCGCAGCCAUAAGGAGCCAAUUCGGGGUGAAGAAGAUUGGCGCGGUGGGAUACUGUUUUGGAGGGAAAUACGUCGCCCGGUUCCUGGCUCAGGGAAGGGGGCUCGAUGCGGGCUUCACAGCCCACCCCAGUAAUGUCGUGGCAACGGAGUGGGAAGGUAUCGCCGCUCCUCUCAGCAUUGCCUUCGGAGAACUUGACGGGUCGAACACGCCCGCGCAACGGGCUGCGGCAGAAGCCAUCUUUCGCGCGAAGAAUGCGACAUUCCAGACUUCGUUGUACGCCGGCGCCGAACACGGGUUUGCGGUCCGCACGAACUUGACGGAUCCGAAGAAGGCGUUUGCGCAGGAGAGCGCUUACUUCCAGGCCGUGAGGUGGUUUAAUGCUUGGGUCAAAUGA